AUGUCCUCCACAAAAGAUGGCUACCAACUCCUGCCUCUCGACGACAGUCAGCCACCCUCAUACGCCCAACUUUCACCCACGUUCAGAAAUGUCAACACCAGAGCCAUCUUGCCACGCUCAUCUCAGGAGGGUAUGCAUUCAUCUGAAGCAGCUUCCAACGAACAUGUCACAUCUGCGGAGGACAUGCGCACCCGCACACAGCGCAUCACUACGGCACUCACCGCUACUUUCCGCUAUAUCCUGCAGGUCUUUGUGGCCCUCGGUAGGAGUGUCGAGGAAGUCGGUCCCGGCUUUGGAAGUGUCCUCACGGGCAUCGCCAAGUUCUUCACGGGCAUCGCCACGGGCAUCGCCGACCUUUUCACGGGCAUCGCCGACCUCUUCACAGUGCUCGGCAACUUUGUCAGCAAGCUUGUGCCCGUUGUUAUGAUUGGCGCAACAGUGUACGCGAUCGCGCGUGGUGCAUUGUGGCUACACGAUGACUUGGUCACACAUGGUGGUCAUGCAAAUCUGUCACCGACGUACUCGACCCCUUCGAGCCGAUGA